AUGGAAAACAGAUUCGUCGACACAAGUGAUACUCUCUAUGGAGACGAAAGUACCAGUCCGAUCUACGGUUAUCAAGACCAAGUUAUCACAACAUUGGAAGAAGCUAUUCAAGGCAUCAGACAUGAAAUCCUUCGAAUCGAUGAUUACGUAAGGCAAGCAAAGAAAAAAUACAAGAGACCAUGUCUAUUAACAGAGGAUGAGUUUGCAACCAUCUAUCUUUAUACAAUGACCAGCUCAGGUUUUUCUUCAAGGCUAAACGGUCGUCUUCGAGCCAUGGAGAAAGAACCGUUAAAACCAUGGUUUCCAUACUUAAAGUUCUUCAUCACGGCUCUCAAUAAGCUACCUUCGUUCAAAGGUAUUGUGUGGCGUGGUGUAUCGAAGAAAGAAGAUUACAAUCUUGGCAAUAUUGCCUGCCAAACUCGGUGGGAUAUAACUUCUACUACGAAGGACCUCAAGGUUAGCGAAUUAUUUUUCGGUGAAGCUGGCAUUUUAUAUGUUAUCAAAGCCGUAAAUGGCAAAGAUAUUUCAAAAUAUUCAGCCAAUCCUGAUGAAAAAGAGGUGGUACUCAUGCCAGGUACACGAAUACUGCUCGAAACUGAACCAUUUGUAAUCAACAACGAAUCAUUCAUAUACUCAUUCGAAGAAUGUACGAGUAUUCCACAAGGCAAACAUGUCAUGUUGUCUUACGAGAACAAUGACAAAGCUGUUGUUUUGCAAAUAUAUCAAUAUCUGCAUAAUAGGUCGAUACCAGUUUGGUUCGAUGAAAAUAUAUCGAAUAAUAAUAUUUAUGACAGCCUUGCAAUUGGAGUAGAAAAUGCAGCAUUCGUCGUAUGUUUCCUCAGUCCAGAAUACGAAAGCUCAGCACGCUCUCAAAUAGAACUCCAAUAUGCGCAAAAGCGUCAUAAGAAGAUCAUUCCGUGUCUAACUAAAACAGAAGAAACUUGGAGAUCGAUCCGUUGGCUGAGUCCUAUUCUGGAGGGAGUGAAACAAGAAGAUUUUCGGCAUUUCUCACCCUCGGAUGAUAUUGAUUCUGAAAUGGAUUAUUUAUUGUGGACACUUCAAAAAAUGGUAUAUGUACCGGAAGAAAAUUCAGAACGACUCAACAUUCGAUUCGAACUGAUCAAAUAUGAAUAUUUAUGCAACAGUAAAAUAGAACGGUUCAUGAAUCCAGCAGUAACUUUUCCAAUCGACCAGAGUUAUAUCAAUUUGGCUAUCGUAGAAACCAAAGAAACUCGAGAGAAAGAGGAGAAACUUAAAGGAACUCAAAACAUUGGAACAAUUAUUGACACGUACGAAGAUAUAUAUGGCAGUAAGACUCCAAUUAAGGUUAAAGAUAUUUUCGAAAAAUGCAAAGAUCAGAACAAACGCAUAUUAGUAUUUGGUCGCGCUGGUAUUGGAAAGUCAACAUUUUGUCGAUAUGCUGCCUAUCAAUGGGCAACCGGUGCAAUUUGGUCAGAAUAUGAACUGGUUGUGCUCGUUCCUUUACGAUCUCUAACAGGACCAAAGUAUAACGCUAACAAAGAGUAUAAUCUCGUGGACAUCUUGAUAAAUCAAUAUUUUUUCGAUCGAUCUCUAUCAGUUGAGGAGAAGAAUACGUUAGAAAAUAAGAUUCACACAGGUCGAAUCCUGUGGCUACUCGAUGGUUACGAUGAAAUAGUACAGGAAACAUCUUCACAUCUGCAAAACUUACUCGAACAGCUGCUCAAAACUCCACAUCAUAUCGUUACAUCUCGUCCAUAUAUGAAUACUUUAUCGUACUUCGUGCACAUGGAAAUCACAGGUUUCACAGAAGAAAACAUCAAUAACUAUAUCGAGUUGUUCUUCAGCCAGUUAGGAAACGCAUCACACCAAGGUGACAGCUUACUAAACUUUCUGAGAUCGAAACCCAGGAUUUGCGGCAUCGCACAUAUUCCCAUCAAUCUCGAAAUCAUUUGUAGCACUUGGAGCAAUAUUGAUUGGACACAAACAAAAACAGUAACGAUUACAGUACUAUAUGAUAGAUUGACCGAAUGGAUCUGCCGUCGAUACCUCGAGAAACAAAAAAAGAUGUCACCAAUCAAAACUACUCGAAUGGAUAAAACAGAUGUUUAUGACAAAUGUCGCAAGGAGUUAGCGUUCUUGGAGAAACUCGCCUUCCUAGGAAUGGAAAACAAUGUCAUUCUUCUAGGUCCACAAUUACUAAAAGAGGCCCAAAAAGAGAGCGGAUGCAAGUUAAAAGACUGUCCGGACUUAUUCAAUGUUGGGUUACUAAAAUCAUACGACUCAAUUUCAGCUGGCAUCGGAACACGAAUCGAGGCAGAUAAGCACUAUUACUUCGUUCAUCUCAGUUUUCAAGAACACUUUGCUGCACGUUACUUAGCCAAUGCUCUUUCGAGUACUACAAGCGACCAAGCAAUGGAAUUCAUUCGCGAACACAAAUAUAAUCAACGAUAUCAAUUACUCUUUACGUUUUUAUCCGGUUUAUUAAACGAGGACCAAGAAACCAAAUGCAAUCGAGCAUUUUGGGAGGCUGUACUCAAUGCACCUUUGGAUAUCAUCGGCGCGCGACACGUGGCGCUUGUAAUUCAAUGUCUAGAUGAAACAGCGCUACCUCAAACAUUCAUUGAGUCACAACAAUUAAUCGAAAAGAUCACACUCUGGCUCGAAUGCGCUUUAAGUAGCGAAUCGAACCAUUUAUGCAAACUUUUCCAGCAGACACUACGUACAUGUAACGCAAUUUGCAAUGAACCACGAGUACAACACACAAUAGUCCACCUAUUAAACAAUCAACUAUUCACCAACCGAAACAUGGUAUUGUCAUUUAUAUCAAAUAUUCCACUUACCAACCCCAUCAAGCCGCUACUACUAGCACUACGCGAGGCGCUAAGCAGGGACGAUGAUUCCGUGAGACGUUGGGCAUGCGACGCACUUGUUGGUAUGGGUGAAAAGGCAGCGACCAAGGAAGUGAUCAAUGGACUUGCCGAGGCACUCAGGAGCGGUGAUGAUUCGCUGAGACGAAAAGCAUGUGACGCACUUGUUGGUAUGGGUGAAAAAGGAGGGACCAAGGAAGUGAUCAAUGGACUUGUCGAGGCACUCGCGAGCGACGAUGAUGCCGUGAGAAAAAGAGCAUGUGCCGCACUUGGUCGUAUGGGUGAAAAAGGAAGCGCCAAGGAAGUGAUAGAUGGACUUGUCGAGGCAUUCACGAGCGACAAUGAUUCCGUGAGAAGAAGAGCAUGUGACGCACUUGGUCGGAUGGGCGAAGUGGCGGCCACGAGGGAAGGGAGCGGUGGACUUGUCGGGGGA